CUCCUCCACUCCCUGUUUCUCUCUUCACGGCACCACCAGCACCACCAGCACCACCAGCGUGUGUAGGGAGCAGGCAGUGCUCUCGGCCAGCUCCGUGAUCCCGCUAGACCGUCUGCCCUAGGCUCAGAGCUCCUCCACAGGCACCAUGCAGAUCGCCCUGCUGUUCACGGCCAUUCUUGCCUUCAGCCUGGCUCAGAGUUUCGGGGCUGUCUGUGAGGAGUCACAGGAGCAGGUGGUGCCUGGCGAGGGCCACGGCAAGAAGGACUCGUAUCUCUACCAGCUGCCCCCGUCGUUGCUCCGGAGACUCUAUGACAGCCGCUCAGUCUCUCUGGAUGGAUUGCUCAAAAUGCUGAGCAAGGCUAGCGUGGAUCCUAAGGGAUCAUCGCUUCCCCAGAAACGUGAUAUGCAUGACUUCUUUGUGGGACUUAUGGGCAAGAGGAAUAUCCAGCCAGACACUCCUAUUGAUGUGAACCAAGAGAACAUUCCCAGCUUUGGUACCCUCAAGUAUCCCUCCAAUGUGGAAUGAGAUGCCCCUCCUCCCUCCCCCUGCUUCCCCAGCCAGUGGUUGGAGGGGACAGAAGAUGUGAUUUCGUUGUUUUGUCCUCAGCACUGCACUUCUGAACUCCUGGGCUGCAUCACGAAGACACCCUAUUGCCCUCCCCCAGGCCCCAGAUGCAUGCGCCCCUAUUUCCUUUCUCUUCUCCAUCCUUGUAACACUCCUGUGCUUUGACUGCUUCCUCAUCCCUCUACUCCACUGGAUGUAGAAACUGCACAGGGAGCAUCCCCAAUCCCGGCAGGCAUUGACUAUAGAUUCCCCUGGAAUUUCUGUAGUGUCCUACAUUAAAAAUAUGACGUCUCUCUCCUCCUCGACAAUAAAAGAUUUUUACAAAUGA